CUUUUUUCUUUCUUCUUGCACGACUUGCCUCACUCUGAUGAAAUAAACUUUGUGAAGUACGCUGAUGAUUUAACGGUUUCAAUGGCUGUUAACUCCCAGCUAGAUUGUACUAAAAUAAAUAGCUUUCUAUCGGAAGUCAGCAAAUGGUCUGAGUCUAACGGUCUUAAACUGAAUCCUUCUAAGUGUCAAACUGUUGAUUUCAGCUUAAGAUGUAAACGACAGUUAAAAGAAGUCAUCGAUUCUCAUGACAGUUGUAAAAUUGACGACAACGAUAUAGGAAUCAAAUCAGAAAUUAAGUAUCUUGGACUCAUUCUCUCUUCUGAUCUCUCCUGGUCUUCCCAUGUCUUAGCAAUCUCCAGUAAAAUAUUCCGCUUGACAUUUUACAUUAAGAAGUUAAGACACUCGGGUAUAACUCAACCCCUCCUCUUACAGUUCAUAAACUCUUGCAUCCUACCUAUUCUUCUUUAUUGCUCACCCUUAUUCUUUCCUGGUUUGCUUAAAAAGGACUAUGUCACAAUUCGUAGAAUACUGAAGACUGUCAGUAGGGUGAGUGGUGUCCCAGUGGACCACAUAGUUAACGUCGUUGUCGAUAGGCAUUUGACUUCGUGCAAUAAAUUUGCUAAAGGGAUUUUGUCUGACUUGGAGCAUCCGCUUUACCCUCAGCUUUCACCUUGCAUCUCCUCAGGUAGAACAAGAAGUAACUUCAGAAAACUGUAUGCUCGCACGUCUAAGUAUAAAAAUUCUAUGAUACCAUACUUGGCACGUAUUUUAUGUGAUGAAAAUAGUGUCAGGCAAGAAUUAACUAACCUUCUUUCAUCUAGUAAAUAAACAAUUUCCUCCAUCCAUCCUUAUAUACCUUCAAGUUUUACUUUUAUUACUUCUAUUAUAUUUAUGGUCCUGUUACUUCUCUGUUUUACUCUCAUAAUUGCAAACACCAACUUAUCUCCAUGACGGCUGUAAUCUUUGUUUUUCCCCUCACCAUCACCAUCAUGUAAAGAGAACAUUAUAUUCAAUAUUUUUAAACAUGUUAGGAUUUCUAUACCACAUUGACAAUACUGUGUGGCACAAGCCAACGGCAAUUUUCACUUGUAUUAUUAUUAUUAUUACCCUAGCUGUUAUCAUUAUUAUUGCUAUUUCCAUUUUAUAUGCUGCAUG